CAGGAAAUUAUAUGGAUCCAGAGUUUGUGUACUGAGACUACAAAAGAAAAAUGUUUAUGGGGUAAUCUGAGCUUUUUGCACGAGUUCUGCGUUUUGGGGAAAUUAAAUUAGAUUUUAGGCGCCGGGGUUUAACAGUCGGUCACAUUUCUCAGUGAACACAGAAACGCCCGCCAACGGCAGCCAUAGUUGCCGAUUUUCGCUCCCGCGUUGAGCUUCGUCGCCACUCUCGCAAUUUUCUGUUCUCAGACUCCGACGACGAUGCCGUCCUUUCCACAGCCCGGAUCCGUGACGAUUUGCGAGAUCAAUCGGCAACUGAUUGCGGCUGAGAGUUUAUCGGAUGAGCGAGCCAGAGAGACGUAUGGGAAGCUACUGGGUGCAGUGUUCAGUCCGGUUCCUUUCCAAGCGGAUCAGUUGGCAGCGUCCCCCAACGUGGAUCAGGAAGCUGAGCAAGAUGGGAGAGGUAAUGGAGAGAGCGUUGGACGGAAGAUUUUAGGGAAGGCGUUUCAGGGCUUCGUUAAUAUGUUUCAUCCAAAUUAUGUAAACUUGUUACCAGAGGUUGGUCUCCAUGGUGUGUCCUGGCAUCAGCAUAAGCACAUAAUUGCAUUUGUUUCUGGCCAAAAUCAAGUCACAAUUUGUGAUUAUGAAGAUUCAGUCUCCACAGAAGGGAAGGAUUGCAUCUUGAUUUCCGAGUCCCAGAGAGAUGUUAAGGUCUUGGAGUGGAGAUCAAAUUGUGGAAAGUCACUUGCCAUCGCUUGCAAGGGUGGAAUCUGUAUAUGGUCUGCAUCAUAUCCAGGCAAUGCUGCAGUUGGCAGAUCUGGCGUUACAUCAUAUCUGGCAACUGUUUCUGGAGGAUCUGGAUAUCAGUGGGCUCUCGUUGAUUUUCUUGGAAGUUGCAAUGAUGAGAAAAUUACCGCACUCUCUUGGAGCCCCGAUGGACGAUAUCCUUUAUAUGUAAAACCUAGCUUUAUUGGAUCACUUCUUUCACUUUGUUAAGUUGCUGUUGCGGUGCGUGAAUCGGAGCCAUCAUAUUUCUUUCUAGCUUCUUUGUCCUUUUAACUUGCAGCCUUAUUUUUCCUAUUUAUAUGGAUGGUUCCUUUAUCAGUUUGUCAGAUAAUGGGGCAACUUGAUUGGUCUAAUUAUUCUACUGCUGCGUUUCAUGACUGUCAUAUGUAUAUGUUUCUCAGUUGGAUUUUCUUUAAAAGAAGUAUCCUUAACUAUGCUUCACAUACUUGGCAUCUGCUUCUUAUGAGAGCUCCGCAUUCACCAUCUGGGAUGUUGCACAAGGUAAUGCUCUAGGCCUAGAGUCUUACUCUUCUUGGAUACUUUAUGAUGACAGUAGCUGUUUAUGUAUGAAAUAGCAGAAUUCAUGCAUGGAUAUCUUUUGCUGUUUAUGUAUGAAAUAGCAGAAUUCAUGCAUGGAUAUCUUUUGUUUUCAGAACCAUUUAUCUUAAAGCCUUGCUAGCUUGUUCAACACUUGGACCUAAACUAUAUUGUCUCGUUUAGUUAGGGGUAAUAUAUUAGUUUUAUCUACUAUUGCUUUGUCAGCUUGAAAAUCAGUGGUUCAUUCUAAUGAUUUCUGGCACAUUCAAUCAGGUGCAUUCAGUUACUGAAUCUAUUGAUCUAAUUUUCCAUAUUUUACAAGCUUUCGUGAAAAAGAAGGCUCGGGAUUUUUCUUUAUGUAGAUGCAUUUCCAUUUAAUCUUUCUCUUUGGUCACAUCUGUCAGUGUCUUUUAUGCACUGGUAUUACUUGUAGGAUCUGGGACGCCUAUUCGGCGGGGAUUAGGUGGUAUAUCAAUGCUCAAAUGGUCGCCUUCUGGAGAUAGCUUUUUCUCCGCCAAAUUGUAUGUUGUAACUCCCUGUUGUUCACUGCUUCAAUAUGAAGCUUUGAUAUACUAUAUCUAUGCUACUGCACAAGACAUGUUCUAAUCAUCAUCCUUUUUUAGUGAUGGAACAUUUUAUCUGUGGGAGACAAACACUUGGACAUCUGAACAGUGGUCUUCUUCUAGUGGGUUUGUGACAGUAAGUGCAUUAUCAAAGUCUAAAUCUAGUUUACAACAAGCAAUUGAAUCAUCAUCGUUUUGCUAUUUGUGUGUGUGCUUGACUGCUUGUGAAUAUUGUGCCAGGAAGGGUUACCUAUCAUUUUUCUUUUGGUUUCAAAACCUACUUGUGUGUGUCUGUCAUAUGUGACCACAGAAUCUGUGCAAGGAUUCUGUGUCAACUGGUUUAUUUAUGCCUUCUAUAACUUGUCUUUUUCUCCUUGCCUCUCAUCUUUCUCUCUUUUUUGGAUGCUCUGUUUUGUUUCAGACUUGUCAUUAUUAUAGUAAGAUAAAUGUUCAUGGCACUGGAUCCUUUGACAUGCUGCUAAAAGUAUCUAAUAUGAAGUCUUAUAUUGGUUCAUAUUCUUAUCUAGAGUAUAGUUUUUGACUUCUCGUCCUACACAUGUGCUACAUCAUCUGAAACCCUUUACAUUUGUCUCCUUUUACCUUUUUCUGGAUUUGUGUGGUGUUUCUCGUGGAUAUGCUUCGUCCUUGUGCCAUCCUAUUUUUAGAGGUUCUCCUCUGAUUCUGCUCAAUUCUGAUCGGCACUGGGUUUGGAUUGUUCAUGGUUGAAAUGCACUAAGCCUUGAGAUUUGGAUUCUUGUAAUCACAGGGAGCACAAUGGGAUCGUGAUGGCCGUAUAAUACUGCUUGCUUUCUCUGGAUCAUUAACAUUGGGCUCUGUACACUUUGCAUCAAAGCCUCCUUCUUUGGGUAUGAAGCUUGGACCAUUUAAAUUCAUCCCGAGUUGGCUUUGUCCCAAAAAGGUCACCCAUAACUUUUCCCUUUUUAUAAAACUGAUUAAGUUAGAAACUGAAUUGCUUGAAUUUUGAAGUCCCGGUUCUUUUUUCUUACCCAAAACGUUUUUGUUAUCAAACUGGGCUCUGCAGCUCCAUAUUAGAAUCUUGAUUUUCUUUUUAAUUGUUCCUUGUAGAUGCACAUCUGUUACCUGUUGAGUUGCCAGAGAUAAUGUCAUUGACGGGCAGGUAUGGUGGACAAGGAUUGAUGUCUCCUCUGCUGUAGUAAAGCUAGGAACAUUAGACUUGUGCUAUACUCCAGUGUCUUCUUCUAACUGCACAUUGCACAACGAAUGCUUGCAUUUUCCCAACUGAUUGUUUGUUUUAGGUUCUCAGAUGCUUAAGGAUAACGGCUGCUUAAGUGCUACCUUAGAUUUCAAAAAUUUAUCAUCACAACUUCUGCGUGUUGUCGUAUGUUUGCAGUCGUGGGAUUGAUAAGGUAGCCUGGGAUGCUUCCUGUGAACGAUUAGCCGUGUCUUAUAAAGGAGGGGAUGAAGCGUACAAUGGCCUGAUUGCCAUAUUCGACACAAGGAGGACUCCUCUUAUAUCUGCAUCUCUAAUGUAUAUGUUCUGUUUUUCUUAUAUCUUGUUUCUCAUGAAUCUGAUUAUGAGAAUACGGAGUACUUGACAAGAUCUUGUUAUGAUCUUGAUCCAGUGGCUUCAUUAGGGGACCUGGAGAAAGCCCGAGGCCACUCACGUUUGCAUUCCACAACAAGUUUAAACAGGGAUCAUUGCUUUCUGUGGUACGUGCCUCCAAAUUUCGUUUUAAACAUGUCGAUCUUUUCUAAUUAGUCUCUCAUCCGGUCAUUUCUUUCUGCGAAAUUAUCUAUCUGUUUUGCAGUGUUGGAGCAGCGGGUUCUGCUGUACAUACCCUCUGAUCUUCCAUUCUUAAAGCUAAGCUUUGGCCAUCGUUCUCUUCUCCGUCCAAGGGUUGAAGACCUAAAAGAUACCUAUCAAGAUCCUUGAUUGUUAUCUUUUUCAUAGAAUCCCUGCAAAGCAUAAUAUUGGUUUCCAGAAAUGGACGGUUAGAACAGAAACAAUAGAGGCGGCAAAGGGAAUCAAUCAAUCAUGGUGGGCCUUCGUUUCGACAUUUGGAGCCCAAUUUCUCCACCCAGCAAAGAUUCCAGCCCGGCCCGGCCACAGCGAGGUUGAAGUUUGAUAGAAAGGUUCGAACAAUACGAAUGAGUUCGAAACGUUUUUUUUUUUUUUUUAGUCCCACCUAACUCGUAAGUCCAACAUGUGGAAGAAGAACAAAUCCGGCUUCGUCGUCAGAAAUUUAUGCAGAAUCGGUUUCGGCUCACCGGUUGGUUCACCAACAGUUUACGUGAGCACCCAAGCGGAGUUUGCGGUUGAGCUAGUUUGAUGGAAGAAACUAUCGUGUCCGAUACUUCGACCAAAUCUUCGAUCGAACGCCAUUACGUGACAGAUAACGAUAUUGAGAUACGUCUGGAGUCCCGAUUACUUGCUGCCUAACUCAAUUGCGUUUCAUCUAAUCUAAAAAUGAAUACCUCUUAACAACAAACAAUCGUCAUAGCCGCGUGAGUGUAACUGAAAAGGUCAUAAAGAUGUGGCCUUCACGUUUUCCCAUCUUACACUAUUCGUUCUUCUUCGUUGGUAGCACUAUUGAUGUUUUGGGUUGGUCUCUUAAUUCAUCCAAAAAGGGGAAUCAUUAGUAGAAGAAUUAAAAAAAAAAAUACGUGUUGAUUUCAAUUUAUUUAUUAUAAGGAAAUGAAAAUUAUCAGUAAAU